UUCCCACAAUGCCGCGCGCCAGGCCCCGCCCCGCCGGCGCGACCCGAGCGGCGGUGUUGCUGCGGUGCGCGCUCGCAGCCGCCGGCGUCCGGUCCUGCCGGCUCCCGGGUUCGGCGGCCUAAGGAUGGGGCAGUAGCUGAGGACGCCGAGGAGGUUAACCUUUGGGGGCUGUGUUCUGUGAUGCUUGAUUGACCCUUGAAGUAAUGUGGACAGAGGUUCUCAAAUGUGUGUAUUAUAACCACCGGACCCAGCAUUGUAUCUUAAUGUUCACUUAAAGAAGAACUAGCAUAAGAAAGAGAAUGGGAGUCUGGUUAAACAAAGAUGACUUUAUCAGGGACUUGAAGAGGAUCAGUCUCUGUCUUCUGAUACUGUAUGUGGUUGUGGUAGUGGGCACGGAUCAGAAUUUUUACAGUUUACUUGGCGUGUCUAAAACUGCAAGCAGUAGAGAAAUAAGACAAGCCUUUAAGAAAUUAGCACUGAAGUUACAUCCUGAUAAAAACCCGAAUAACCCAAAUGCACAUGGUGAUUUUUUAAAAAUAAAUAGAGCAUAUGAAGUACUCAAAGAUGAAGAUCUACGGAAAAAGUAUGACAAGUAUGGAGAAAAGGGACUUGAAGAUAAUCAAGGAGGCCAAUAUGAGAGCUGGAGCUACUACCGUUACGAUUUCGGUAUUUACGAUGAUGAUCCUGAAAUCAUAACAUUAGAAAGAAGAGAAUUUGAUGCUGCUGUUAAUUCUGGAGAACUGUGGUUUGUAAACUUUUACUCCCCUGGAUGCUCACAUUGCCACGAUUUAGCCCCCACUUGGAGAGAAUUUGCUAAAGAAGUGGAUGGAUUACUUCGGAUUGGAGCUGUCAACUGUGGCGAUGAUCGGAUGCUUUGCCGAAUGAAAGGAGUCAACAGUUACCCCAGCCUCUUCAUCUUUAGGUCUGGAAUGGCUGCAGUGAAAUAUAAUGGAGACCGGUCAAAAGAGAGCUUAGUGAACUUCGCCAUGCAGCAUGUCAGGAGCACAGCGACAGAGCUGUCGACGGGAAAUUUUGUUAACGCCAUAGAAACUGCUUUUGCUGCUGGUAUCGGCUGGCUGAUCACAUUUUGUUCUAAAGGAGAAGAUUGUUUGACGUCACAGACACGACUCAGGCUUAGUGGCAUGUUGGACGGUCUUGUUCAUGUGGGAUGGGUGGACUGUGACACCCAGGACAGCCUCUGCAAGAGUUUGGACAUCACGGCCAGUACCACUGCCUAUUUUCCUCCUGGGGCCACGUUGAGUAACAGAGACAAAUCCAGUGUUUUGUUUCUUAAUUCAUUGGAUGCUAAGGAAAUAUACAUGGAAAUCAUACAUCAUCUCCCAGACUUUGAACUGCUUCCAGCAGAUAAAUUAGAGGAUCGUUUGGCACAUCAUCGCUGGCUCGUAUUUUUUCAUUUUGGAAAAAAUGAAAAUGUAAAUGAUCCUGAGUUGAAGAAACUGAAAACCCUGCUUAAAAAUGAGCAUAUUCAAGUUGGAAGGUUUGACUGUUCUGCUGCACCAGGCAUCUGUUCUGAUCUCUACGUUUUCCAGCCCUGUCUAGCAGUAUUUAAAGGACAAGGAACCAAAGAGUAUGAAAUUCAUCAUGGAAAGAAGAUUCUAUAUGAUAUUCUUGCUUUUGCCAAAGAAAGUGUUAAUUCCCAUGUUACCACACUUGGACCUCAAAACUUCCCUGCAAGUGACAAAGAACCAUGGCUUGUUGACUUCUUUGCCCCGUGGUGCCCGCCAUGUCGAGCUCUUUUGCCAGAGUUACGGAAAGCAUCAACGCUGCUCUAUGGCCAGCUCAAAGUUGGUACAUUAGACUGCACAGUUCAUGAAGGACUCUGCAACAUGUAUAACAUUCAAGCUUAUCCAACAACAGUGGUAUUCAACCAGUCCAGUAUACAUGAGUAUGAAGGACACCACUCUGCGGAACAAAUCUUGGAGUUCAUAGAGGAUCUCAGAAACCCUUCAGUGGUCUCUCUUACGCCCACUACCUUCAAUGAACUAGUUAAACAGAGAAAGCAUGACGAAGUCUGGAUGGUUGAUUUCUAUUCUCCGUGGUGUCAUCCCUGUCAGGUCUUAAUGCCAGAGUGGAAACGAAUGGCCCGGACAUUAACUGGACUGAUCAAUGUAGGCAGUGUGGACUGCCAACAGUAUCAUUCUUUUUGUACCCAAGAAAAUGUUCAAAGAUACCCUGAGAUAAGAUUUUAUCCCCAAAAGUCAAAUAAAGCUUAUCAGUAUCAUAGUUACAAUGGCUGGAAUAGGGAUGCUUAUUCUCUGAGAAGCUGGGGUCUUGGAUUUUUACCCCAAGCAUCCAUAGAUCUAACACCUCAGACUUUCAACGAGAAGGUUUUAGAAGGGAAGACUCACUGGGUGGUUGAUUUCUAUGCUCCUUGGUGUGGACCUUGCCAGAACUUCGCUCCAGAGUUUGAACUCUUGGCUAGAAUGAUUAAAGGAAAAGUGAAAGCUGGGAAAGUGGACUGCCAGGCUUACCCCCAAACAUGCCAGAAAGCUGGUAUCAAAGCCUACCCAAGUGUUAAAUUUUACCAGUAUGAAAGAACAAAGAAAAGUAUUUGGGAAGAGCAAAUAAAUUCCAGAGAUGCAAAAACUAUUGCUGCCUUAAUUUAUGGAAAAUUGGAAACUCUCCAAAGCCAAGGAAAGAGAAAUAAGGAUGAGCUUUGAUGAUGUUGAAGAAAAAAAAUUUAAGAAAAAAGAAUCUGGAAAAUUACAUCAGAAGGUCUGUUUUCCAAACAUGAAGAUGCUCUUGAGGCAGCAGAUGCGCAUGACCUUGGCCUUACAGUUGCCCUGUGCAGACUGAGCACCUGUGUGGUUCUGUAGUUUGCAGACACUUCCUGUGGAGAGCCGGGCAGCGCCAUCUGACACUGGAGCCACAUAUGGUUCUUUGUUUUGUUAAUCCUUUUAGAAAUAAAAACACCAUUCUUAGCUCAGGGCCAUAUAGAAAUAUUCCCUAGGCCAAGUCCAGUCAAAGGACUAGUUUGCUGACUACCAGAACUGAUGUUUGGACACCUGGCUCUACAUGUGGAUGUGUUAUCUUCAUACUGUACAAAGUGGAUUUGGGUUUUUACUUGUAAUUUUAUGAGGGGCCUGAAAGAAAGUGACUUGGUUUUUCAGUCAGCCCUUCUAAAAGUUCUGCCUCUGACCAUAUAUUUUAUUUUGACUACUUUCACAAUAUGAUAAAAUAAAAAUGCACCCAUUUUUCAUACUAUAUACAGUGUAUAUACAGAGCUUCUCCUUUUGUUUUCUUGUAAGAGUUGAAGAGAUGUUCUUAACUUAUCACAACAGUAAAUGUAAAAAUCUUGUAAACUAUGAUUCUAGAACAAAGUAAGGAAAAGUAUUUACAACAAUUAAAUGGACAGCAUAGGAGUCACGAAUAUAAGCCCUAGUGCCCCGUGUCUUAAAGGGCACGCGUUCGUUUGUUUGCUUUUAUAAAGAUGUUCCUACUGAUGGUUUUGUUUAUUUGAGGUGUCUUCCUGAUAUUUACACAUUUGCCUUCUGGGUUCUCUGUUUCGAUCAUUCAUAUUGAUUUUAUUCAUAAAGCUGUGGUUUUUACUCCUGUUCAAUCUUCACAGUUCAAAUAGGAACAGUCAUUUUGGAUUUGUUUUAAUGUGGCAAUGAUGACACUGUUACUCAGUUAUUCCUGUCAAACGCUGUCUUUUCGAUAAAGUGUUGCCAUAACAACUGAAGUUAUUUUUACUGAUAUCAAACACAUGAUGGACUCUUCCCAUUUCUCAGUUGUUUGGACUCAAAGGGUCACAGGGUUUCUCCUGCAACUCAAAAAGUUGAGUGACCUAUAAUUAUAUUAAUUCUCAUAAUAUAGGGGAUGGUCAAAGACACCAAUGAAUAAAGACAAAUGAUUUUUCUAAAA